AUGAGUGAUUUUUUCCCGCUUUUUCCCAUUUUUUCGCUGAACUGUUCAACAUUUGCUUUCGCAGCCGGAAUUGCUGGAGUUGGAGUGUAUAAUUAUAAAAAAACAAACUCUAAAAUCUCGUUAAUUGCGGGAUUGUCUUAUGGAUCAGUUUUGACUUGCGCUUGGUAUUCGACUGUUAAUCAUCCAUUUGAAAUAUGGGGUAUAAUGGCCACUACGGCUACUGUUGAGUAG